AUGGCUACCUCUUGGUGCAGGUAUCUGUACCGAACUGUCAUAAGUAAUAACCCAUUCUUUAUCACAAUAUCUAACAGCUUUAGUAGAGAAUCUUCUUUGAAACCUCGCCGCCGUAAAUAUACUGAGAUGAUAACAACUGCCAUCAAGACCCUCAGGGAACGUAGCGGCUCGUCGUUGAGGGCAAUCCUAAAGCAUAUCCUUAGUUCAACAAAGGUUCCUUCGGGAUGUGAGAAGAGCGUCGGUGUCAAUGCCAUCCUGGCCCUGAGGAGAGGCGUCACCGGUGGUUUAGUGAAGAAAUCUGGAAAGUCUGCCUCAUUUAAGCUUUCGAAGAAGGAGCUCGUGACCCGCCCGAAAAAGCACGCAACUCGAACGGUUACAAGGAACUGCAGCGCCAAAAAGGUUGUUCGUGAGUGUGAAAAAUAA